AGUUGACCGAUCACUUGGAUAGGCCCUUAUAACUUAGGCGGCUAAAUCUGCAGUGAGGGCUCACAGCUUAUUUAAAGAACCAAAGGAGGUUAGUUAAGAUGUCUUUUGGUCGAAAGUUUAGGGAUAAACGUAUCGUCUUAUUUUUCUUAGUGAUAUCGGUGAGCUUGUUCUUUUUCAUACAUCGACAUAAAUUUAAACAUUAGGCCUCUAAAUCAAAGAUCGUGCACUUGCAACACUUAAAGGCCAUUAGUAAAGACAUAGAAAAAACCUACCUACACUUCCAUUUAUAUAAAAAAAAUAUCGAGGAGAUGGCAAACGAGCCGCAAAGAAAAGAAAAAAUAGCAAAGCAGUUCAAGGAAGACAUAUUGAGUGCUGAAUGCUUAACGCCUCCCUUUUUGCUGAUAGAGAUUCAUUCGCAUCCAAAGAAUUUUCUUAGUCGUCAAGCUAUUCGUUUGUCGUGGGGAAACAAAGACUUAGAUGAGAAAAGGAACUACAAGAUAAUAUUUUUACUUGGAAAAGUCAAGAACCAGACCAUUCAACAGAUGGUACAAAUGGAGGCACGCAGAACAGGAGACAUAGUACAGGGAGAUUUUCUGGACAUCUAUAAUAAUCUUUACAAGAAGAUGGUUCUCAGCUUGAAAUGGCCUCUCAAAAACUGUCGCGCAAAAUACAUAUUAAAAACAGACGAGGAUUGCUACGUAAAUACGGACAUGCUUAUCUCUUUUCUUGAGAAAUAUGACACCACCAGAGGCUCUAAUCCUUUAUACAUGGGUCGAAAAAGUGAUAACUCCUCGGUCGAGCGGGAUCCCGAGGAUAGAUACUACGUAUCAAAGGAUAUUUAUCCAUCACCGACUUACGACCCUUAUAUUUCUGGUGGGGGAUAUGUUUUUAGCGGUUUUCUACUCGAGAAACUUUAUGAAGCCUCAAGGUUUUUCCUCUUUUUCCUGUAGAAGAUGCUUGCUUUGGGUCACUCAUGAAAAAAAUAGGAGUCAAACCCAAAAAUAAUUUGAGGUUUUUGCCUUUCAUACAAUGUAUUUUUUUGGAUCAAUUCAAGGACCCCCUUGAUCGACCAAUGUGUGAGUUUUUGGGUCCUAUGAUUAUUCAUGGCUUGGUGCCCCUAAAGCAACUCCAGAUGAAUUUCCAUGUCAAGCUUCUGACGCAUACUCCAAUGCUCUGUCAAUCUUCUGACAAUGAUGGUUGGCUAAAAUCUAGGAAAAUAUGUGGGUAAUUAAUAAUAAAUGCAGGUUUUUUAACUGGGAUCUUUUUGAUGUAUGCGUCAUUAUGAAUUUGUUUUAGUACAUUAGCAAUUCAUUUGUAGGUAAUGAAUAAUAAACCUUUCUAUUUAUCUGA